AUGUCCGGAAUUGAUAGAUUUUUUCAUAUUUGUUAUACGUCUUAUCAUUGUUAUGAAUGUAAGGAGAGAUAUAAAUGUAAACAUAGAUUGAAAGAGUUUACACAAGAAGAAAGAGAGAGGUUACAUAAGGAAAAAAAUAUUCCUUCAUGUAAGUUAUGUGGAGAGGUACAUUUCAGGUGUAAAGGGAAAAAAUGUAAAGAAUGUUGUAAAAGAAAUGCAUGUGAUUCCUAUCCUUGUAAAUCAUGUUUAGAAAGUGGUAUUGAUUGUAAAUAUACGAUUAUACAGAGUAAAAAGGAGUUUAAAAAAUUUAAGAAAUUUGAUUUGACUGCAUAUACUGCACAACUCGAAUAUACCGAAAAAAAGAAAGUUCAUGUUCAAGGAUAUUGUCAGUUUAGUAAGAGAAAGACUAGAAAGAAUAUUGUUGAUAUGUUCAAUGAUAAUACUAUUUGGAUUCCAGAUAAAAAAAUGAGAGGUGAUUCAGUUGAGAAUAGAUUUUACGCGAUGAAAGAAUAUGAUCCGUGUAUCAAACAUAAGAAAAAAGGAUGUAAAUGUCAUCACGGUGACAAUUUAUGUCAAGUUUGUGAUGAUAAAUGCCCGGAAAGAAAAAAAAGUAGAAUUGAAGGUUUAAAGGAUUUGAUUGGACCUUUUAAUUUUGGUAUUUUAAAGUAUCGAAAAGGAGAGAAUAGUAAUAAUACUCAUGACAAAAAUGAAGAAUUUAAUGAAAAUGAUAAUGAAGAAUGUAGUGAAGAGGAAA